AUGGAUGACAAGGAACCCUGCCAGACCACAUUCUGUAAAGCGCUUCCCGUGAGUGGAGAAGGAAUUGUAUCAGCUAACAUUCGAAGGCGCACUCCUUUUGCCAUUCGCAUAAGACCAGCGCCAUGCGGGGAUGACAACGAAAUAAGUGAUGGAGAAAAAGAUAAACUUGGGUACGUGGAGGUAGAAAUUAAUCGUGAAGCAGCAGUGUUCAAAUAUCGGAUACCUGGUGGCGGCCAGCCUGUGAAAGGAACUUUAGCUUUCACAAGUGGGAUAGGUGGAGGUCUAGAGAUCGAUAAAAGGGUAUCCUAUUGGUACAGCUUCAAUAGAAAUGACAGGAUCCUUAAGUACGGGAAGGGCUAUUUCAUGGAAGAGACCACGCUAUUGGAGUUCCCAUUUCCAAAAACUGACGGCGACAUUGACCCAUGGGAGUUCAUCUUUCGUCCAGAUCAGAGCAAAGAGAUUGUCAUCAAAGAUGUGGAUUACAUCAAAGGGCUGGUGGUUCUCGAAAGUUCAAGGCUAAGGGAGAGGCUAAAGAUGACUUCAUCACCGCUUGGCGUAAACGAAAAAAUCACUGCCAACUUGUGGAGCUCCAUUCCCACUGCUGAGCGAUCAGAGCUGGCAGCAAGAGUGGAUGUGGAGAAGAAAGUGUCGUUCUACCCUCAUCCCUUGACCUACAAUUGGUCCCCGUUCGUGCUUGACAGUUCCAAAGCGACUCUUCCGGAACUGGCGAAUAAUCGCUUCGUACCGUCAGCCAGCCUUCCAGAGACCUGCCAAGAACUGUACGCGAAUAUUGCCUCUCUAGACGUGGCUUUGGACUGGCCCUACAGCAUCCCUAGACUAUCGGACGCCAUCAACUACAGCAUCAACACAGAAGGCAAGAUUCUUUACGAAAAGCUGAACGAAAAGAAGCAAGAUCAAGGAAUGUCUGAGUACCUGAGAGUUACUCUUGGAGUAAAGCGUGGUUCAUCGCCCGGCGUUCCGUACGUGUUGGAGAUUUGGCCUGCGAAUUCUAAAAGCGGCAUCCACAAUCAUGGCAAUGCGUAUGGCGUGAUCAAGAUUAUACACGGGGAAAUAAAAGUCACCAUCUACAACAAGACGUGGAAUUCCGAAGAUAAACAACAAGAGCUGAGAAAUUUCACAGCAAAGCAGGGAGAUGUAACAUGGAUCUCUCCAAACUGGUUCCAAACACACAAGCUGACAAAUGAGUCCAGCAAUAUGUAUUGUGCCACCAUACAAUGCUAUAAGUAUGGCUGUGAAGAGGAGCUCAUGUGGCCUUACUUUGAUUAUCUGGAUGGGAAGACAGUGAAGGAGUUCCUACCCGAUAGCGAUUUUGAUUACACGAAACUGCGAGAAGACUUACUCGAGGAAUAUCGCAGAGAUCAUUGUGUGGUGAAAGCCAAAAUCUGA